UCUUCGAGCUAUCCAAAGCUUCCAAUUUCCUUUCAACUCAGCUAGCAGACAUGAAGUGCUUCGCCGUUAUCGCUCUCCUCGCCCUGGUGGCCGCUGCGGCUCUCGUGGAGGCGAAACCCACCGAAGUAGAGUCCAUCGAACCGGCACAGGCCGAGCCCACCUCGCCGGAAGCGGCUAGGGACAAGCGAGGGUUGCUACUGAGCGCGGCUUACACGGCCCCGAUCGCAUACAGUGCAUACACUGCUCCGGCUCUCGCUUACUCCGCAUACAGAUACCCCUACGCGUACGCGGCCUAUUCCAGCUACCCCUAUUACGCCGCGGCCUACAGCGCGCCCUAUUACUUGGCCUAGAUUCGCCGAGCAACCGCACAGACCCGAGGGAACACGCGAAACUAUUCGACCGACCAGUCAGCCUCUGAUUUCACGAGCCGGAUACACGACUACAUCAGUCGCAACGCGUUAUCACGUAAGAUCAUUCAGUUGAAGGACCAUGUCGAGUGAAAUUCUCUGCAUUUCUUUUCAAAGCGUUUAUUAUUAAUAUCACUGUCCUCAACAAAACCGCGAAAUGAAUUAACUGUUAUUUAUCUCAUUACCGAAAAAUAAGAGAGAUUGUUAUUUUAUGACGCACGGUUGGCUCUUGAGUAUGAUCUGUCAAAAUCUUGGAAAUAUUAUCGACCACCUUUUUGUAAAAUUGUUCAAGAGUUACGUAGUGUGUUUAAGCGUGCGCGGAAAAAAAUAUCGUGAUGAUUCGAUUAGACAUUUAUAUGCAUGAUAGAACUUUUGAAUGGAUCGCGCACGAAUGAACAGGAAGCGAACCAUAUUAAGAUAACUGCAUCUUAAUAUGGUUAACUCCGAAUAGAGUAUCUCACUUCGUAAAAAAGGUUGUUAGUAAUAUUUCUUGCAACUGUGUAUCUAUAUUUUCUCAAUCUAGAAAAAACUUUAAAUUUAUAUAUACCAUAUAUCUGAAAUACACUUAUUACAUUAUUACACGCACACAUAUAUGCAACAUCUCUUUUUAUAAAUAGUCGACAAUUUACGUGAAAACGAAACGGACCAUCCACCAUCUGGACUUGUAUGAGCCGAACAUUCGCAACGUGAUAUUAUUAUAUAAUACUCUAUUCUCUAAAAUGUUAAAAAAAAAAGACAUUGACGAAGCGUUGUCGAGAAUGUUUCUUUGUAUAUAUUGCAUUUAUGAAUCAUAAUCUCACUAAAAAUACCUCAAUUACAUUAUCAUAUACAAUACAUUCUACUAUUUCGUCUAAAUGUCUGUGUAAAUCUGAAUUUUUACGAAGAGAAUAUAUUUGCAGCGUUAUGUUAACAAAAAUUGAUGUAACGUUACUAAUUUUUCUUCAUAUAUCUUAAGUAAGAUAUUAUUCGAUGUAUUUAUGAACUUCAUAUGUAAUCUACUCUAGAAAAAAUAUAAUCCAAUGCAAUGAUA